AUGUCUGAUCCAGCUCUGGCGACACGAGCACCUGAGUCUGAUGCAAUGGAGGACUUGCCGACCAGUACAGCGCCUCGUGAAGGCCCCUUGACCACUACUUCAACACCACCAACUGCAGCCAACGCUCUAUCUGCAGCAUCCGCAACCAUCUCUUACGCCGCGGCAUCGGUCACGUCAGCCGCCACCACGACCAUCAACUCAGCUAUUGCAGCGAUCUCAUCGGAUGAUUCACCCGCUCAGACAGGACCUACAAUGGGCGAGCAUUGCACUUCGGAUCGCCCCGUUCCUUCUUCGCUUGCCACAGCCACUUCCUCCGGCACCAUCACUACACUCAAUGGCAUCGAGACGUACAUCUCCAAGCCAGCAGACUACCCCUCCACUCCAGCAAAACUCCUCCUUCUUCUGACCGGCGGCACCGGUAUCCACAGCAUCAACAAUCAACUCCAGGCCGACCGCUUCGCCGGCGCAGGAUAUUUAGUCAUCAUGCCUGACCAAUUUGCAGGAGAUGCAGCGCCUGGAAGCGGCAACCGCAUCACAUCGCCAAAAACGACCUCAGCAGCACAGUACCAGAGCCUGCCCACCACAACAUCCGACGCUGCAGCAACACAAGUACCACCAAGUCCCAGCUUCAUCGACAGAAUCAAAUUGGGUUUCGCCGACACAGCCAAGUCAUUCAUGCUAGACAUGUGGCUCGCGCGUCAGACACCUGAGAAGGUCCUUCCACGACUGCUUUCUGUCAUCACAGCGAUUCAAGACGAGUACGCAGACGCCAUCGAGCACGGUGGAGGCAUACAUGGCGUAGGAUACUGCUUUGGGGCGAAGUACAUCCUCAUUCUGGCGCGAGGGGAGGGCGGAGUUGCUAGCCAUCCAGCUCUGUCUGGGAAGGGAUUCGAUCUGAGCGCGUUGAGCGCGUCGUUACCAAGCAUGCCUAAUAUACCGGUCAUGCCAAGUAUAGGCAGGAUGGGUUCAGUCAGGGAUGUCUUAGGCGGAAGCAGUGCAAAUGCGUCUACUACAAGCCAAACCGAAGACCGAAAUGAGGACGUCGAGGCCAGAGCUGGCGCAGCACCAUCCACAACCGCAGCGCCUAUCACAACCACAACAGCAGCUCCUCUUCCACAGUCACAGUCACCCACGACCACAGCACCACUACCAUCCUCGGAUGCAGAACCCGCCCUACCCAGACCCUUAUUUCCCACACCCCUCCUCAGAACCGCCGCUAUUGCCCACGGCACACUUAUCACCCACCCGGACGUCCUUCAAAUCCACCCCUCCGUGCCAACGCUGUGCAUCGCCGUCGAAGACGACCCUCUCUUCCCCUCCGAAGUCCUGGAUCUCGCGCAAAAGGCGUGGGCUGCAAACGAGGCUGAGUGCAAGGUUGAGGUGUACAAAAGCGUACCGCACGGAUUCGCGGUGUUGGGAGAGUACGAGGACGAGCGGAUUCGGAAGGAGCAGGAGCGGGCUUGGGGGCAGAUGAGGGAGUGGUUGGAUGGGCAUUGA